AGCAAAGCAAACCCAAAGAAGUGCAGGAAAGGAAAAAAAAAAUCCCUUUCAGCUCUCAGCUCCACUACUAGCCCACAUCUGUCAUGUAACAGAYUUUAUUUUCAUCCAAGAAAGCAGCGUUGAAUCAAAAACUACAUUGUUCAAGUUUCACAACUCUUAAUCAUGCUGGGAAAGAAGCUGGUGACUGCACAAAAGCGAGGGGAGACGAGAGCCCUCUGCCUGGGACUGGGAAUGGUUGCAUGCUCCAUGAUGAUGUACUUUUUUAUUGGGAUCACCAUUGUGCCAUUCUACACUAAGAGUGUUUGGACAACAGAAACUGUGUGCAAGGUACUCAAAACCAACAUCAAGGACAAAGUUUUCUGCCCAAACAGCGAAGGCUCAGAGGAUGGCGAAAUCUUUCCUUAUCCUUGUCUACAGGUGUGGGUUAAUCUGACAGCCUCUGGACAGGAGGUUAUGCUGUACCAGACUGAAGAUACAUUGGAAAAAAAUCCUAAGUGCUCAUAUGUUCCAGACAAGUUGGAGAACUCUCAAGAAGUUAAAGCACGAAUAGAUACAAUUGCAAGCAAUUUCAAAAAGUACCAGAUUUUCCCGUGUUACUAUGACCCAGGAGGAACACAGACCAAUGUCAUUUUAAGCAGACUUUAUCCCUCAAAAGGCCUCUUCUUUGCUUUCCUCUGGCCUACACUAAUGUUCACUGGUGGAUGUCUGAUUAUUGUUCUGGUAAAAAUUAGUCAGUAUGUUUCUGUUCUUUCUGCUUGGCAGUAAAAAAUAAAUAUCMAGCACAGACGAUUGCGAUUGUUGCAAGGUAUUAAGAUGUGUUUGUUCUGCCUGUCUUACUGGCAUUUUCUGACYCUUAAAUAUACCAGGUGUCAAUUCAAGGGCAGGCAUUCAAAAAAACUGAAUAGCAGCCACUAUGGAUGGCAAUCCAUUACACAAGGACAAAACAUAAAAUUUAUUCCCAGGAAUGCCUGAAAGUACCUCAUAAGCACACAGACUAAGWUACUAUCUAUUGUUUCCUUGGACUUUAGGAGAUACAGCUGCUUUACAAAACUACAAUCCACAUUUACUACUAACUCUUCCACAUUUUUGAAGUGGUGCUAAUUUUCUGUCUGGUUGAGAUCAGUUGGUGCCAGAUCCAUUUACAUCAUCACUGGCACCSUUUAUACCCUUAUACACCAGUAGUGUGUACUCAUGGCAUACUCUUCUUGUCUGUUGAGAAAAGCAACUUUGUUAUGGUGCAAAAAGAUAUUUUUGUAUCAUGGAUCUCCCUGCUUUUGGGAAAGGGGAGGGAGAAAGACCCUCAAAACAAAAAUACACGUACACAGACUUCACAAAAUUUGCAUUCUAAUAAUCUGAMACCAACCGUAUAUGAAGAAAUACAUGCGUAAAGUACAGGGUAUGACAAAGAAGCUCAUACUAAAAGUAUGUUUUUCUAUUUAACUCAAAUCUUAACCUUGUCUUAUUUGAGAACAAGUGUGCCACUCAAGGAAGGCUACCUGGCUGCCAUUUGCAUAGAUUAUAAAACUCAUGCAAAAAGGAAAUUAUGAUAUGAAGAAUGUUAUUAUGAAAUAGCAUCCUGGUCCUCAACAGGACAUGGUUAAUUUCUGCAGUAGCCAAAUGGGGCAUGAUCAGGACCCAGAGAUUAUUCUGUAGCACCUCUCAUUUUCUGGGAGAGGGGGAAGUGCUCCCUGCCAGCUCCGGUAGCAUGGCAGCAGGAAUGGUCAGGUAUGGUUGGGGGCGAGAACUGUUUCCAGUAAAUUGUCCUAUCUCAACUCAUGAUCUUUGCCUUUUGUGCCCCCAGUUUUCCUCUCCAGACCAUCAAAGUGGGGAAAAGGAGAGGGGAGCAGGCAAGCAACACCAUGGUUUGGAGUGUUUCAGUAGGAACAUUAAAUUGAGGAAUACCAUUCUUAAACCACAACAAGUAGAAUAUAAUUGUGAUCUCUUACUAAAUACAGCAAGCCAAAGUAGCCACAGAAGUUUACACGCCUAGCACCAAAAUAUUUCACAAAAGAGAUAAGUUUGUUUCCAGAGUGAAGACUUCUAGGAAGCUCUGAUGCAUGUAGAGAGACAUUCUCUGUUCUCUGAAAAUAACUUUCAGCCAAAUUUCAGACUGCAACUGGACACAAGCAGAACAUGAGAUAUUUCCUGUGUACUGUUUUUGACUAGUAUCUGGGACACAACUGGUACAAGCUUUUUCACCACACAGUUGAUGAACCACCAGGAACUAUCAUUCACAGGAAAGUUUCGGGGCCAAGAUACAAAUUUUAAUUAAUCACAUUACAGUUUAACUCUUCUCAUUAAUGUGGUACAAUUCUGUAUUGUUUACUGUAAGAAAUGCUUAAAUAUUAACCCAAUACAUACAUUCUCCAACAUUACUAAUAGAACAGUGUCAGAGCUCGCUUUUCACUAUGAUCAGCAAAUGAAAGGAAGUGGCUGCUAAAAUUAAAAAUCCAAACUAACCUAAAAAAAUUAAUAUAGAAGAACUAUGUUCACARGGAGGAAAGUAUAUCCUCACACAACACUUUUGUGAAAUGCAUCUGAAGUUGUGUGUAUAUACAACUCAAACCUCUCUCAUUCCAGGAAAGUGAAAGCUCAGCUGGCACAGGUACUGAUGGUUUGAGCAACCAAAUGGGAUAGGUAAGGGAGAAGAUCCUGUUUUGUUAGUUCAUAAAAAGCUGAAGCUUUUUGAAGCAGGAGGGUGGUAACAGCUUUAGAAAGUGAGCAAACAUACAGGAUACUUGUUGAAGCUAAUGCACUGUACUGGUAUCAGAGAAGGUGAACAAGCUAGCUGUGAAUAGGCUCUUUGAAAACUUCACUCCAAAUUUCAUUUUUAAGCAGCUUUUAAAGGAGUCUCCAGAUUGCAAAGUAGAACUUACUCAUGACUACUUUAUGCUCAGUCCAGAAAAUUCAUAACUCCAUCACUUUGCUACCUUCCCAGCUCAGUAGAGACCAAUGAAGGUUGGAUGUCGCUGGUAGACCCUGUGGCCUCACUCACUCACCAGUCAGUGACUUGUGUUUGAGGAGCAGAAAUUCAUGGUCUAGCUGAGCUCAGAACUCAGCMCAAAACAUAAAGACCAGGAGUAAUCGCUCUCAACUCUGCCCUUUCGAUUCCCAAGAAAACCCCCUAAAGACACAUCCUCCUCACCUCCCUAAUCACAGUUAUCCUUGACAGUAGCUGAUGAAAAUUUAUUCAGAGUGCAAGCUGUGUUUCUAGACUUACUUCCUCCAAAAAUAAAGCUAAUCAAUUKUUAUAUGAAAAUGGUUCUUUCUCUCCACUUCAUACAUAUUACAAAUACCUGAAGAAAAACCUUAUACAAAUUCUUUCCUCCAGCAAAGUAAAAUUUUCUAACUGGGCAAGAAAUAUUCCAAGAAAAAACAGCUGUGCAGAGGGAAAAUCACACACCAACUGGGAAACCCCAUUUUUCUGUAUUCUUGCCAAGCACAACUUCCUCUUUUGCCUGAAAGAAAUAGGAUGUAAAUGUGAAAAGCCAAAUACUCUAUUUCAUUAAACAAAAUGUACAGACACCACAGAAAUCUGUUCUUGCUUUUAAAUAAUGUUUUGCUCAUAUGUACAGUGCUGGUUAUUUUCUGCAUUUCUGACAGUUUAAUGUUGAAGUCGGACAUAUUUUUUCCUUCACACUAUCAUUUUCUCUUAAUGUCAAAAAUAUAUUUUUACAGUGUACAAGGUUGAUUACUCUUUUAAGCUUCUGUAAAAAAUUUUCUUUUUUCAUCUGCAAAAGUUGUAAUUCACUAGACUUAAGUUUUAAUAACACACUUCUUACAUUAAUGCUUACAUUUAAAAAUGCUUCUUACAGCAGUACACAAGAAUCAAUAUGGCCUUUAGAGGUUUCUGUUUGGUUAGGAAUUUUUUAACAUUUUUGGAUUGUACCAUCAAGUCUACAAUAAAUCUGUUUUAAAAUGCUAUUUUUCUGAGAACCAGCAAAACACUUCCUAUGAGAAGUGCUUCUAUACAAGCAGUGACCACUGCAGUUACACAACUCACUUUCUCAAGGCAGAGUAAAUGAUCAAGGUAUAUAUUAAGCAUUAAAACUCCUGCCAGCAGAAAGAAAGCAGCAGCACAAGCAGCUGGAGAUGAAAUUAAUCUUUGAAAUCUGUUUGACUAGCACUGAUGCUUAAACCAGARGAAUAGUUCUUGACUUGACUGGAAGCGGUAAGGAACACAGGAAGAAUGGGGAUAGAUUUUUAGACCCUGAUGAAUACGUUAGUUGUA